AUGAUUGAAGGAAGGAGAAGAAAAACUGCUCUGCCAGUGGGACAAGAUUGGGAGGAGAGGAGCGAAGAGGAGGAGGAGGAGGAGAGGCGUCAGAGAUGGAUGGAUGGACAGAUAAAACAGAGACAGCAGCCGCUCAACAGAGGACUCACAUCCCUGUGUAAGGAGGGAUGUGAAGGGGAACAGGUUUGGUGCAGAGUGGCUGAAAAGCAUUCGGACAAAGGGAGAAGAGGAAGAAUGGAGGUGGAGGACUCUGGCUGUCAGGACUGGCGCUGGGAUGGAGUUAGAUCUCAUUUCUCAAGUGUCAUCGCACUAUCUGUGUCUCCUCCUCUCUCCUCUCUGUCCAAUUAUGACCACAAUGCAGCCGGCCCCUUCCUGCAGAGCUGCAUAUGGCUCUGCGGUUGUAAAGCCGCCCCUCCACAGUGGAACUAUGCAGUUAUUGAUGGGUACAGUAUGUGUGGAUGCUGAAGGGGCCAGAGUAGAUCGUUGUCCGAGAGUGAGAGUGGGAGUGGGCCACUGCUCUGGCAGCUUGUCUCCUCAUUGUCCAAUAUUCAGACAGGCUACCACUAUUACUGUCUCAUAAUUGUAAAUUUCUUUCACUUUUUUUCCUCCAAAUAAAGCUGGAAAAAGGAGGCUUAUCUUACACUUUGGGUUUUUUUAAUUAAUGGAAUCGACACUGUCCUAUAGAACAUAUAAUUGUUGUAAUUACAGGAUUAGCUCUAAAAACACAUAAAAGGGGAUAACAAUUAAUGGUAAAAUCUACCAAAGAAAAUGGGGUAUUUUCAGAGGCUGUUUUAGCUUAGAAAGCUCGUCUUUUUCCACUUUUGCUCUUUUUGUCAGGCAUAUCAAUUGAAUUGCCUCUUGACUUUAAUGCAUGAGAAGAAUCAAUCAGAGUCAGGGAGCAAACGUAAUUAGCCUACGGGUCAAACAUGAACCUCCUCACUAAGGCUAAUGUGUACUUGAACCCAUCCUUCGCAAGUGCAGCCUUUAUAAUCUAUUUACUGUCACUGUAACCCAACCCUCACAACUCAAACUAAUAUAUCUUUCCGAAGAUCUGUUUCUUUGUCUGCAAUAAAAAAAUCAAAAUUUGAGUUUGACCUUCUGUUUCAAUCAUUGUGCCUUUCCUGUUUUUGCUUAAACUUAAAUUCUUAUUUUCUUUCAAUGUUCUGUAUUUUUAAGUGUUGGUGUCCCAAGUUUUGUUCGAGAUGUAUCUUUGAUAUUUUCAUUGAAACCUCAUACAUUAAAAAACACAUCUGUUCUACUUUUUAAAGCACUUUGUUUCCUUAAUUUUGAGAAGUCCUCCACUAAAGAGGUUACAUGUUAUGCUAAAAUUUGCAGUAAUCCAAAAUUGAAGUUACAGCACAGCACCCUAAUAUACAUCAAGAUUUCAUGCUAGAUUUUAACUGAGACAAGUGUAAUGUGAGGGCAUUUCAAACUCACAUAGCAGCACUGAGUGCACUGCUGUGUGUCUUCUGUGGGAAUGCAGCUCUCAUAAAUCACAAACACACUCACCAUAUGUUGAUGGUGAUCUAUUGACUGAGCCACAGAGAGUGGUGUUUGCUGCAGGAUGAAUCAAAGAGGAAUCUGUGUCUUUUUUAAGGAUCUUCCUUCAACAGCUUCUUAACAUAAUGAAUGAUCAGGGCCCACUUUUAGCUGAUACUUGUCCUGUGUGAAUUAGUGUUUAACAUCUUGACAUUUCUCAUGAAUAUAGAUUAGAUUAACUUUAAACUAAUGAUAUUUUAUGUAAGUAUAUAUUGAAAAAAGGGUGCAUCCAGUCUCAAAAGCAAUGGUUAGUAAAGCGCAUCUAUUUUCCAUUCUAUAUUCCAUUUAGAUGGAAUAAUGAGGAAUUUGAUUAUUUUAAUAUCAACAGUAAUUAACUGUUUUACUGGAAUCUCUCAUCUGAUGCUGCAAAAUAUUUUUGAACAUUCUUCUUAAAGAGCAUGACAUUACAGGUAAUGUGUGACUAUAUGAUUAUAUGGUUGCAUAAAAUUAUUCAGAGCAGAUAGACUGUAAAAGGCAUUUCCUAUUGACCUCGAAACAGCUAUAAAUGUUAAUAAAGGAUCCAGUUAGGGUUUAUUCAUACAGGCCGCAUAUAGAUAAACAAUUUACACGAAUGAAAUCUACCGUCAGCACAGUUUUUAAGAAAGUAGUAUUUUGUAAAUAAUUUCUCUCAAUAAAAGGCCAACAGAUUUGGAAUAGCUUUGCAUCAGAAUUGAAACAGUAACUGAGUCAACAGCAUUUAACACAGGAACAAAACUUUGGCUCAAAACUCUGAACACUAACUUCAAUAAUUAGUAAAUAUGCUUAAUUAUAUUGCCUCAGUCAAAUAAACUGUGUUAUAGACUAUUUUUGUUACUUCUGUAAUGGAAUGAGGAUGAUGGGAUUCAGUGCUGUUUGGCGCCUAAUCAAUAGUGACCUUUUCACCUCUGCAGGCGGGAAAUCUGGCAGUCCUUUUGAGAAUGACAUCCUAUUGAUGCUUUUUUCACUGAAGAAAAAAAAAAGUGGCUUUAAGGUCAUUUGGUCAAGUGUCACAUCUUAAAUUUGUCUGCUAUUUCUACAUUUUAAAAAAGCUCUGACCACUGUAAAGGUAGAAGUUGAACAGUUAUAUUGUCUUUUAUUGAUUGAUUUUGGGUUGGUACUGCUCAGUUACCAUUUCAGUGAAGUUGAGAGAUAUCAGUCUCAGAACUAUUUUAGCGUUCAUGGCUCAGAUGGAUUAUUGAAAGGGAUAUUUUUGGCUGUGUGCAACCAUGAAUCCGGCAAAACUCUUGCAAACAUUUACAGGCUGCUAGAUAUUAAGUUCAAAGUCUGCUCCUUCAGCUUUAAAAAUAGGAUUUCAUCUCAUGCGAUUAACACAACUGCUUUUGUAUUUAUUAUAACUGACGGGGGAUUUUGAAAGAGUUUCAAGUGACACUAUCGCCCUGUGAUUUUCACCCGACCAAACAUGUUUAUGUGAUUUUCAUAGCUUUGAUAGCUGCAUGUAGGGAAUAAGGUCAGUUAAGAGUGGUCCUGGAAUUUGCAUGCUAUCUUUAUUUAGUGCAGUGGUUAUGAGUAACUAUCACAAAGUAGUGAUUUUCAAGGGAAUUCAUAUGGUGAUAGGAAAUAUUUUAGUCAGCAGGUCAUUUUUACUCACUCAAAAUCUGCCAUAUUUUGGUUCUCUCUCCUGCAGCUAUUAUUGUGCCAAGGACCCUGAGUCUUCACCAGGAAGGACUCACAUGCCCCAGGAGUGGGUGGAAAAGAAACUAAGUUUACAGGUUCUAUAUAUAUAAAUAUAUAUAUAUUUAGGAAUCUUUUGUUCGUGAAUGCCUAAUUUCAGUUAUUUUGUUGCAUUUUUAUAUGGUCCCCUCACACCUUUUUCCCUCCCUUUGGACAUUGCACAGUUAAAAAUAAAGGAAAUCUACUUUGAUUUGUCGUGUAUUGUCCUAUUUUGAUAUAUUUUGAUGACAAGUACUUUUUCUUGGGUAUAUUAUUUCGGGUAAAAAUCAAUGACGGUGUUUCUAAUUUUAGCGAUAGUGUUCUUGGGUUAAACUUGGAGAUGUCCUGAGGAAAAAAAAAGUCAAGGUUUAAACCCACGAUGUCUCAAACUUUCUACAUUUUUCUGUUUAUUUGCAGACUUGCUCAGUUGUUAAAGAUCUGCUUCCCUUGCGCGCAGCAUUAAAUCCGAUCCCCUUGAUGCGUGUGGCGACCGGCGAGCAAAGUGAAUUAGAAAUUGAGGUGGUGGGCUGAUUAACCCUCCCUCCUCCUUCCUCCUCCUCCUCCUCUCUUCCAGCCGAGACCAAAGUCGAGAUGCAAAGAAAAGGAGGAGACAGAAAGAAGAUAUUUGAAAAGCUGCCACGAGUUCCCUGUCACACCGCCUCCUGCGUGGACUGA